GUCCACUUUUAUACCAAUUUUCCUGGAAAUCAAGGCCUUGGGGUAUAUGCUCGUGCUGGCAGGAGAACUUGGCUUCAGGGUAUGUUCUGGAGGAGCGAGAGGAAACAAGCGGCCAGUUGUGUCCUGGAGCACUAGCUGCUAAGGAGGCUGGAGAGAUGCUAGCAGACCCUAGCUCGGAGGAAGACACUCGCCGGGUACGACUGGAGCCGGACAAGGCCAGCGUGCGCGAGCGCAGCGCAUGCGCAGUGCGAGUUCACGUGCCCGACACCGGCGCGCAGCUAGGGACACACCGCACUGUGCUGCAAUUAAUUUUGGAGAACAUACCAAUAGAAAGCUUCAAGGUCAAAUGGCAACCGAAUAUCGUAUGCACAAGAAUAGUGGAUGAAGUUGGCCCUGAUGGAAAAGUCUGGACCCGCACAGUUUGCGAUAUCGUGCAAGCUCAAGUAGAGGUCUGGUGGAACAUCGUACCUGUUCGUUUCGCGUUAGACCCGCUCGUGCUGCCUCUCAUUCAUUCAAGAAGGGUGAAAGCUGUUCCAGUCUCGUUUUGCGCAACGCAACUGUACGGAGUGGAUGACAUCUCCACACUUUGGCACUCUUCAGCUCCCAUGGUGCUGCCACCUGGCAUGGAACUCUCUCCUGUUAAUAGCGUUGGAGCUAAAUUGGUAGUGCCACUGCCGUUGCUGCCCAACGAGUAUCCUGAAGAUGAUAUGAUAACAUUGAAAACAGGAACGGACGAGUGGUCUGUGAGCUGCAAGGUGACCCGCGCAUGCGCAACAAGACACCCAGGUUUAGCUCCAGCGCGCCAUUGGCUGGGCGUUGUCGUGCCUGGAGCCAAGAUUUGUGCCAAAAUGGAGAUCUUCAACGAUACCCACCAGGAUAUCUGCUGGUGGGCGACUCCGUACCGCUGGACGGGCGAGAACCCGCCGAGCAAAGCAUGCGCGCGCGCCGAUCGUACAAGCACAUGCGAUGUGUGUCUCGAACGCGCUUGCACUUGCUCUCUGCUCAGACCUAGCAGAGGAAGCUUGGCUCACAACAAGCGCUCCAGGAUCGAAUACCACGUCCAUGCGCCUAUGACGGACCGCAUCGUAGCCACACUGGUGAAAGUGACCCGCACAGCUCCUGACACGGCAAGAAUACCGGGCGCCCCGGGCUGCAAUUCAAGGGCCACCUUGCUGGCUUACCGGGUCGUGGCGCCCCGUCUGGUGUUAGAAGUAUUUCCUUGCGGUGGCGACAAGAAGGGCGAUUGCGAAGCGUGCGACCUGGACCCUGGCGUGAAUAUCCAAGGAUGUGCCUUGUUGCGACCCAGCCGUGUAUUGACUCCUUGCUGCUGCUCAUGCUACAAGCUGCGGAUAACUAAUACUACACCCAUAGCAACCACUGUACGUUGGGAGACACCCCUUGAAGGCGAAGAAUUUCUCAAAGUGAAGUUUAUACCAAACGAUUUCGAAAUCGGAAGUUACAAUGAUAAACUAAUAUCGGUAAUUUUGGAGCCUCGACGAGUGUGCAGGCGCAGAUUAUUCGUGUUAAGAGCGAAAGUCGCGUAUGCGUACAAGCCGCUUUAUCUUCUCAUCGACACUGCUAUAGAUGGUGUUCGAAUAAUCUGCGAAGUGCCUCUGGGUGGAGGUGAGAGGAACGAUUCCGUCAUUGCUCUUCGCGGAAUACAGAAGGAGACAUAUCCAUGGGACAACACCAACAAACCCACUACACCGGACGAGUGUUUUGAGGCCGAAGACCACAAGAGAGCCAUAGUGCAAGAAAACAUAUGCCACUGUAAAUUUGAGUUGAAGUAUAUUCCACCGGUAAAAUCUCUUCAACCGCCGUCGUUCGAACCCUCUUCUACAGAAAUACCCAUAGUGACUUCACCUCCAUCGUUGAAGAGAAUUUGCGAGUGCUUCGGCAAGAUAAAACCAAUAGUCCCGGCUCAUGAAGAACCCUGCUGCUUACAGUUCAAAAGCAUUCCUAUAAAAACAGUGAGAUCUCGCAGGCUGAUUCUUCGCAAUGAUGGCAAGGUGACGGCACGAUGGCGGAUGGUGGUCAGACGCUGGCCACGCCAGAAAAAUCGAGUGGCCACUAUAGAUGCAUUAACUAUUGGAGGCGACCUAUGGGCGGGAGACGUGCGUGAGCCGGGCGUUGCGAUUCAGUGUACCCCGGCCAAAGGAAUCUGCAUGGUCGGUCAGAGCGUGGACAUACUUGUGCAAGUGUACGCGGACUGUUGGGGGUUAUACUAUAACCAGAUCAUGCUGAUGGUGGACCACGUAGAACCCAUCGUUGUGGACGUGUGGAUUGAGGUAGUUGGGCCGGUACUGCAGUUUGCGGCUCACUGUACGGUGCAGGAAUUUGAAUCUACUAUGUGGUUGUCAACAUCGGAUCCACAGCGCACGCUACGAGUGAAAAACACAUCGCGUUCUCAGCUUACCAUACAUACUUACACACUUUUAGAACAUGAACACGUUCAAUACACUUUGCCCUUCCGACUGUACAUGCGGUUCACGGAUAAUUUGAAGCCCAUCUGUCCUUGUUCCAAAAAUCCUUCUAGCGAUUCUUUGGCCACUAAUGAGGAAUCUUCCACGUUUUCGGACAAAAUGUAUACUGGUAUUGAGUUGUACCUAGGAGAAGAUCACGGCCUACAGGACGAGGAAUAUUAUAAGGUUGGACCACAGGUUUGUUCAGUAGCGCCAGGUGAAUGGAAGGAGUGGCGCGUGAGUUUGAAUCCUUUGAUAGGGGGCGAGACUGCGUCGCCUGGAUUGGUGCUGAUGAGAACUAUUCCAGUUGACGACCGAGGGAACCAUUGGUUCCGCUGGGAGCCAGCACCAGCGCUGGUGGGCGUCCGACAAGCGCCGCGCGCGGCUGUCCUGCGUCUGUCGUGCAGGGAGGUGCGCGCGCAUAUGUGCGCACUGGAACUACAUUACAACGAAAUUGCUAGGGUUCGCAAGCGGUUCCGAAUGCGGAACAUCGGCACUGCUCCACUACUGGUGCAUUGUGUAACAGAGGCCCCGUGGCAGAUCGUCGUAAAUAAACAGCGCAACGAUUGUGAAUGUGGCUGCGAACAUGAGCUGGGUGAACGGCACGACGAUAUCGAGCUGAUGGUGGAACCCUGGAGCUCGACUUCGAUGUGCGUAGAGGUCGCGGUGGAUACCGCAGAAAUGUGGCCGAUUGUGGAAGAGGCACAUGGCGUCGAUAAGAAGUGCAUACUCUCGAGCUACCCUCCGAAACGUGAGGUCACCGGUCAGGUGGUGUUCUCCGGCGAGGAAGGGGUUUUGGAGACGUUGCCACUGAUACUAGAUGUGGACUUUCCCUGCCUGUCUCUCGAACCAGAAGCGAUUGAUUUUGGAUUCGUCACUCACGGAGACACACGGAAGACAUACUUUUCAGUUUGGCAUUCAAGCCUAAGCGCGACCAUUACACUAGGUGUGACGUGGCACGGAAGUGCGAGGCUGAGGCUCUAUCCUCGCCACUUGCGCGUCGCCCCGGGGAAGCGCGAGCGUGUCUACCUCCAGUACACUGCUGCAUGGACAGGUGCCCCAGUACCAAUAGAAGGCUGCGUCCGUAUAGCGGCAGCUGCCGGCGCCGGCGCGUGGUGCCGCGGCGCGCUGUACGUGCGCGCUCAGCCCGCUCGCGACGCCAAGUUUAGCCAAGAGGUGCACGACCACACGGAUCAGUGGACCCUGUGGCCCCCGUCACUGCCUCGGCUGUGAGAUCGUGGUUUUUGCGAAGAUCUUGAACGAACACAGUGGAAAAUUAAAAAUAAAGCUUCGUUGAAAUCAGAUUUCAAUUUUUUUAACUUUAUUGUCCUAUAUUUUAUAAAAUGUUUCAAUAAACAUUGCCAU